AUGCGUCCCGUGCUAAAAUUAUUCAACUUUUGGGUCAGUUCACUUCGGUCAGGUCACCGCAAAAGUAUGCAACUGUUUCUACUGUUAUUAGGCCUGACGUUUCGGCUUGGCUGGGGUCAGAUCAGUCCCCACUCUGAGGUAGUUCGUCGGCUUGAGGGUAUACCGUUGGCGUUAGCGACAUUCCUUGGAGAGUACAGAUCACGGAACGAUACUGACGCUGGAGAAUCUUGGCAGGACAAGUUGUGCGAACAUGAUCUGGAACAGUUUGGAGCGGCGUUGGAACGCAGCGAGUCGUGGGCUUUGGAGAUGUACGAUUCCUGGGGCAAAAUACCUUCGGGACUGCUGCAGGGUAACUUCUUCACGCCGGGUAGCUUCGAGCAGUGUAGACGCUUCGGCAUCCAGAACAGCGCUGGGAUAUUCCAGGGGCAACACUGUACCGUACAGCUGGGCAUUACGGCGGGAUCACCUAUGAUUCCACUGUGGCUGGGGAUCUGCGUUCCGAACUCUUGCGAGGCUCGGUUCGUGCGUAAUCUGACCAAUCAGUUUGCUGUGCAAAGUGGGCUGGCUCCUAUCGGAUUCGCCAACCAGGCAAAUUUCUGUUAUCGUGAUGAACCGGAGGAGCAGUUUAGUGGGACUGCAAUCAGUGCAAUGGUCAUAUUCGGACUGCUUGCAGCUGCCGUUAUCGCGUGCACCGUCGUGGACGUUUUUGGGGUCCUCUUCCUGCGUCCCGUUCCGGCUCAGUUCCGAGAGUACUCACUAUAUAGUAAUCUGCUAGCGGUGAUGAAAACCGUUCCUAGAUCACCUGAGAAAUCGGAUACCAUUGACUGCGUCAACGGAAUCCGGUCCGUAAUGAUGCUGCAAAUUGUAGCCCACCACGUGCAUGAUACCUUGCGUGCGAUUCCCGUAACGAAUAAUGUAGCGAGACAAGAAUACUUUCAGUCUGUUAUGGGAAUCCUAGGAUUCCGAGCAUCGGCCUUGUCGGUGGACAUUUUCUUAGUUCUCAGUGCAACGUUGCUGUCCUACGGGGUUAUGAGAGAGUUGUCUAAAACGAGCAAGUUGAAUGUCUUUAAGCUGUGGAUCCACCGAAUUGUUCGGAUUCUUCCGGCUUAUGGACUUUUAAUUUAUUUCGUAGUAGCUUUCGGAGAGCACUUCGGCGAAGGACCACUAUACCGAUACAUGAUUCAACCAGCCGUAGACGCCUGUUCAGACAACUGGUGGUCGGCGAUUCUCUUCGUCCAGAACUAUGUGAAUCCUGAACGGAUGUGUCUUCCGUACACGUACUACCUGUCCAUCGACAUGCAGCUCUACCUAAUAUCACCCCUGAUCAUAUACUUCCUGUGGCGUUACGGAUCCCGUUCACUCACCGGAGUAGCCCUCCUGGUACUGCUCUCCAUGACCUGCGUAUUCGCGACCUUCCUGCACAACGACUACCGUUUGAACCCCCAAAUGAACCCCGAACGUGAGUUCCAGCGAGCUCGUGCCACCUACUACGCCACCCACGCCCGGAUGUCCGUUUGGUUCUGCGGAAUCGCCUUCGGAUACUUUCUCUUCCGAACUCGGGAAGCGCAGGUCAAGUGGCCCGUCUGGAUUCUGACGGCGGGAUCGAUAACCGCUACGGCGUUGACCGCCGUGAUCAACUUUGCCGUGCACGAAAUCUACAAACCACGGCAAGCCGCCCCAGUUGGGGAUGCCUUCUACGAAGCGUUGCACCGCGUCGGUUGGGUCGUCUGUAUCAUGUGGUUGAUCUUCAUGUGCGUCAACGGCUACGGAAGCCUGCUGAACGAUCUGUUCAGCUGGACCUUUUGGCAACCGCUGGCCAAGCUGUCGUACUGCAUGUAUCUGCUGCAUUUUGUCGUGAUUAUGGUAACCUUUGGGGGAGCGCUUCGGCAGCCGUUCUACUUUAGCGAAAUCAACCUGCAGUACGUUACGCUGGGAGUGGUCGGUUUAUCGGUGGUCGUUUCACUUCUGUGGACACUCUUCAUCGAGCGACCGUUCAUCGCGUUGGAGCGGAACGUCAGAAUGUGGAUUGAGGUAAAAUCGAAACAAUCACCGGGCGCGAUGGCACGUAUCGCAGCGUUUUGGGUGCUCUGCUGUAUCUUGACCGGAAAGGGGUUGGCAGCUCAAUUGACGAGCUUUUCGCUGGAAUUUGUACACUUUUUGGGCGGUCAAAGUGCGAGCUGGAACCACUCGGAUCCUGCUACGGAGCAUUACGACCGACAAUGUCUCGAUCAGCUGAACGUUUUCGCGAAUGGGCUGGAGAAUGAUGAAAUGUGGGCGAGCAAUUUCUAUGACUCAUGGGGUAAAGUUCCGGCUGGACUCCUCUUUGGAAAUGUGUACGAGCUUGGAAACUUUGAUCAAUGUCGGCGAGCGCGCCACAGUCACCAUUACGGAACAACGAGCAUAUCUGGGCAGCAUUGUACUCUGAUGGUUGACGCAAGCGUUUUGCAGCUGCCGAUAGGCCCAAUCUGGUACGGUGUUUGUAUGCCCGGCGUUUGUAGACCCCAAUUGGUUGGUCAGUUGGCAAAUGAAUUCUUCAAAACGCGGGAGAUGCGAGUUCUGAACGACCCGGAGAUGUUUUGCUACCGUGAUGAGGAGAAGAAGUUCUCGACACUGGCGAUUGUUACGAUCGUGUUAUUUUCGUGUUAUGGAUUCGUUCUGCUGUCGGCAACAAUUAUCGACCUUGUGUACAAGUGGACUCAUAAUGUUGCACCAUCGAAUAUUCUACGCUUCUCGGUGUACAGAAAUGUGCUUAAGAUAUUUGAGACCACUUCCAAAAGUGCUUCAAAGACUGGCACCAUGGACUGUGUAAACGGUAUUCGAGCCCUGUCAAUGCUGUGGAUUAUCGUGAACCAUGUCCACGAUGCCACCUACGGUCUGCCAACGGUCAACGGAGUUAUGCGAACUGAGUACGGAAACUCUUACUUUGGUGUUCUAUUCCAUCGACUUGGUGGAAAGGCCGUCGACAUCUUCCUAAUGUUAAGCGGAAUGCUGGUGACCAUGAAAAUCUUGCGGGAGUUGGAUCGUGACAGGAAGCUCAACUUGGUGCAACUCUACCUUCAUCGUAUUCUUCGGAUUGUCCCUGCGUUCGCCGCAAUGAUCCUCUUCGUAGUCGCUUUUACCGAUCAUUUCGGUGAAGGAAUUCUCUUCAAGGCAGUCUACCAGGAAGGAAUCGAACCGUGCCGCACAAGCUGGUGGAAGGCGCUUCUAUUCUUCCAGAACUACGUGCACUACUCCGAGAUGUGCUUCCCCCACACUUGGUACCUGUCGGUAGACAUGCAGUUGUACAUUCUUUCUCCGUUGAUCUUGAUUCCGCUGUGGAAGCUUGGAAGGCGUUUCUCCACCGUAAUCAUUCUCCUAGCUCUUCUCUCGAUGUCCUGCGUCUUUACGACCUUCAUGGUGAACGAGUACCGGUUGAACAAGGCGGCACCCGUAGGAGACGGUCAAAUGCCUAACAAAACGUACUUCCCUACCCACACUCGGAUGUCCGUGUGGCUAUUCGGAGUCCUGUUCGGCUACUUUCUACACAGAACCCGCUCCAGAAGCAUCAAACUGUCCAAAAUUACGCAACUAAUCGGUUGGACCCUAGCAGCCGCCAUCAUAAUUGUAACCAGCUACUCCCUUAAGCAAGUCUACACCGGAGAUUACACGGCCAUCUCACCAGUAGCGGAUGCCUUCUACGAAUCCUUGCAUCGCUCCUUCUGGGCAUUCCUCGUCAUGUGGAUCGUCUUCACCUGCAUCAACGGGUACGGAGGACUCGUGAACGACUUCCUCAGUUGGACCUUUUGGCAGCCCCUGGCGAAGCUUUCCUACACCAUGUACCUGAUUCACAUCUGGAUUCAGGCCCUGGUUGUGGUGAUGCUGUUGAAGGCACCGGUGUACUUUAGCGUGAUGGGAGUGUUUACGUCCAUUUGUGGGCUAGUUGGGAUUAGCGCUGCAGCGGCGGUAGUGUGGAGUGUAGCGUUCGAGUAUCCGUUCUUUGGGCUAGAGAGAUUGUUUGUGAGGAAAAGGGAAUAA